CCGUCACACACAGCUAAUCUACAUUCCUAUACGUUGCUGGACUAGAAAAUGAAACUCUCGUUCCUGAUUUACUUUAUUCUCCUUGCAUUUGCCGAGGCAGCGGUCAUCGACACAAGCAUCGUCGGUGCUGCCGUCACGGUAACGACAGAUAUUGCUGCUACUCCGACUGCUCCAGCGGCCGUCACGGCCGCCACCCCAGCUGCAACAGCAGCUACCACUAAUCCGGCCGCAGUUGUCCCUACGACCGCUACUCCCGUUGCAGCAGCAGCUACUACUGCCACUACUCCGGCAGCAGCUGCUGCUGUCACCACAGCUACCCCAGCUCCACCUGCCGCCACAACCCCAACUACCCUUCCACCUGCUGCAGCAACUACUCCUACAACCCCUCCACCUGCUGCAACUACUCCUACAACCCCUCCACCUGCUGCAACUACCCCUACAACCCCUCCACCUGCUGCAGCAACUACCCCUGCAACCGCUACAACGCCUCAUGCCGCAGCAACUACCCCUACAACCGCUACAAACCCUGCAGCUGCAACAACUACCCCCACAGCUGCUGCAACACCUACAACUACAACGCGGGUAGGUGCAGCCGCAAUAACAACUGCUACCGGAACAACAACAGGCACAACAGGAACAACAGGAACAGGGACUACCACGCCCCUUACCACAGGUACAACAACAGCCACUCCAACACACAAAACCACGUCUUCUGCUGCCCCGACUAUUGUUUGGAUGACGACAACAAUAAAUAGCGUACCAAGCGUAUACUCUAUCAGUUGGACUCAAACUUUUACAUCCAUGUAUUCUUCUGUGGCAGCAGUUCCAAAGGGAGCUAUAGGUUUGGGAUCUAUAAAAGGUAGUGUUGGAACUACAAGAACGUACAGAACACUGUGAACACUAGUUCUCUCUUGUUUUUUCUAUUUCCUGUCUUGUCUUUAUUUUUCUUUGUUAAUUUCUGUUCAAUCCGGGUUUCACAUUUUUACUGUCUUUCUCUUUCCCCCUCCUCUGAUCCAUCUAUAAAUCAUUGGCAAAUUGCAUCACUUUUUUCACUCUGCUGAGUAGAGUGGAUAUGAGCCACUUUAUUCUUUAUCCCUGCUUUAAUACAUCUACACUUAUAUAAAACUCUUCAAAACUUCAUUAAACAUUUACCUUCAAACUUUACAUUUCAUAAGUGAUUAGGAGCUGUU